CGUUUUAAUCGAACGCUUCGUAGUGGCCAACCAAACGAAAGGUGUCAAAUUUCGCUCCACAAGUUUUCUCACCUUGCCCGCCACUGCCUACCUUCCUCCGUCUCUGCUCCGAUUCAGCCUUAUCACGCUCUGAAUGAUUAUCGAUCAGAUGAACUCCAACGCUUCCAAUCCACAAUCUUCCAUGGCGGCGUCCACUGCUGCAGAUUCCUCCGGCAAGAAGGUCCGGAAGCCCUACACCAUUACCAAGUCCAGAGAAAGCUGGACCGAAGAAGAGCACGACAAAUUCCUCGAAGCUCUUCAGCUGUUUGAUCGUGACUGGAAGAAAAUUGAAGAUUUUGUAGGUUCAAAGACUGUUAUUCAGAUUCGAAGUCACGCCCAAAAAUACUUUUUGAAAGUCCAAAAAAAUGGAACGAUGGCACAUGUACCUCCACCACGCCCAAAACGCAAGGCUUCACAUCCUUAUCCACAGAAGGCAUCCAAAAAUGUUUUGGUACCGUUGCAAGCAUCAAUGGCUUAUCCUUCUUCAGUUAAUACCCUAGCACCUGGAUAUUCUCCUUGGGACGACACUUCAAUAAUGAUCAACCCUUCAUCUAGCAAAAUCAUGCAACCACAAGAUGAAUUUACAAAUCUUCAUAGAUCUGACGCUGAUAUUGCAUCAGAAGGGACAGCGAUGAUCAUUAGUAGCAGCUUCAAUGGUAUUGGGAGCCCUGAUAUGGCUAACCAGGGAAAACAAGCUCCUAUGCUUCACGGUCUACCAGAUUUUGCUGAAGUUUAUGGCUUCAUUGGAAGCGUUUUCGACCCAGACAGUAAAGAACAUGUGAAUAAACUCAAGGAGAUGGAUCCCAUCAACUUCGAAACAGUUUUGUUGUUGAUGAGAAACCUCACUUUUAACUUGUCCAGCCCCGACUUUGAACCACUCAGGACAGUGUUGUCAACCUAUGAUGUCAAUACUAAAACAGUGGCAGUCACAGCAGGAAUGCCUACAAAGACGCAUACAGAUGACAUAUCCUGUUGAAUAACGUAGUACCUAAAACUAGCUCAUUACUCUGUAUCACCUCUUAUUUCAUCUGCCUAUUAAUUUUCGAAGUCGGAGUGUUUGAAAGCCGCCCAUACAACGGUAGCCAGGGCAGUUAGAUCAGAAGAUUGGGUUAAAAUUCUCCGACUGAUUCUUUUGAGGCUCUUUGAAUUGGAUCCUCAUCUUGGCACCUCACCAAGGCUCCCACUUCACUGGUUUGGCCUAUAACCAAAUGUAUAUUUUGUAAGAUCUGUUUGAUGAAAUUUUGUCUUUUGCUAAUAAAAUACAGCCCGUCUCUACGAGGGCACAUAUCGCUCGGAUCGUUGAACUGGAAUGUGGCUCGUUUGCAGAGUGGUAAUGGCUGGAUGCGCAUUUUCUCGUGCUUGUAUUGUUUCACCACCUCUUUUGUAGGUUGUUUUUUGCCAAGCAACCCGGAGGAAGGAAAUUGGUUAGUAUAUAUAAUAGAAAUGUGUUUCUUAAUAAUAAUCUUCCUUCCCUUCUAGUUAUUGUCUAUUCGACGUUAUACAUCUGUUUAAUUUACAUUCGUUUUCAUAACUCAGUUGGUAAGAUAUCUCAUUUCAUGACUAAAAUGGAGAUCGGGGCAGAUCAAGAUCAUCUAAGAAAUAUAGAUCUAUGUCAUGCGAGAUCACUUCUUGGUAUAAAAAUAUAGCUAAUGAAGUGCCUUUUAUAUUUUAUACUUUUUGUUUUCAAUUUUUGAGCAACAUGGAAUCCAUGUGGUAAUUGUUCAUGUUUCUCGUUCCUCGUUCCUCAUUUGUAAGUAGGUACAAAUUUUGGAAACAACAAAAUCAAGUUUUUUUA